ACGUACAUUAAAAUAGUAAUAUUUAAAUAUGGUUUGAACUUCUUCAAAGGUAAAUAUGGUUUGAACUUCUUCACCUGAAUCAGAAUUUCUUAACUUUAUACUUGAGUUUUUUUAUUCAUUUCAAAUUUUUUUGCAUCUCAGUUGCUUAUUCAGCUCUCUUAGACUACGUUUUAUUCCUGCUACUACCCGUAGAAAGAUAUUCAAAGAGUAUUUGAAUUUUGAAGUGUUCAAAUGGAUGACCAUCCCUUUUCAGAUAAUUUAUGUAUAAAUACACACACACCAUGUUAUUACCUCUUUUAUACUCUGAAUAGACUUUCUAAACAAUGAUGAGUGGUGAAGGAGAUGGUUAUGAUGUGGUUGUUGUGGGCUCUGGAUAUGGCGGCUCUGUGGCAGCUUGUCGCUUGUCAAUGGCGGGAUUGAAGGUCUGUUUGGUGGAGAAAGGCCGGAGAUGGGAAGCUCGUGAUUUUCCAACCGACAGUUUUCAGAUGCUUUCAGCUUGCAGGUUUGAAAAAAAGAACUUAGGAGUCAGCUUUGGUCCCAAAGAUGCACUGUUUCAGAUAUCUGAAGACAGAGACUCCGUAGCGGCUGUGGCGUGUGGGCUUGGUGGAGGUUCAUUAGUCAAUGCAGGAGUGAUCACACCAACUCCGGUUCGUGCAAGAAGGAAUCUGAAAUGGCCAAAAGAAUGGGAGAGAGAUUGGGAAAUGUAUGAAGCAUCAGCUUCAGCCAUGUUACGAGCUCAAAGUGUUCCGACCAAAUUUCCAAAUGCCAGAAUUAUGGAAGACGUGAUUGGAGAUGAGUUCGUGGAAAGUACAGAUGGUCCGCUGAAACUGAGCAUAAACUUUGAUGCAGAGAAACAAUCAUCUCAACUGGAUGCUUGUUUAGCUUGUGGCAAUUGCCUUUCUGGCUGUCCUUAUAAUGCCAAAAAUUCUACUGAUAAAAAUUAUAUACAUACAGCUAUUCAGAAAGGAUGUGCUAUAAAAACAGGAUGUCAAGUUCAGUACGUGGUAGAGAACUCCGACAGUAGAAACAGAAGGCGGUGGCUGGUGUUCUUUAAUGAGAUUGACAAUGUGGAAUGUGAUUUUGUGGUCCUCUCAGCUGGAGUCUUUGGCACAACAGAUAUUUUGUUUCAGUCAGAACUGAGAGGAUUAAAACUUUCUGAUAUGCUGGGUUCAGGGCUAAGUUGUAAUGGAAACAAUGUUGCUUAUCUUGCUGGAAGCGCAGCACCCUUGAGUGCCUCUGGUUUAGAUAGAAAGCAGUUCUCAAAAGUAUCGUUUCAAGAACGUCCUGGACCUGCCAUUUCCUCCUCCUACACUAAUUCUUUAGGAUUUACAAUUCAGAGUGCAGUGCUUCCAGCCCCUUAUGUUGACCUACUGUUUAAAGGGAUUACAACAUAUGGUUGGCCACCUGGCUAUGGGAUUCUAUAUGGACUCAUUGACAAAGUAAAGUAUAUUCUAGGCAUGAAGAACUGCCAGGGUAUGAUUCUUAAUGUUAUGGGAUAUGAUGAGAGUGAUGGGAAAAUCACAUUUGAAAAGGAUACAAAUAAGAUCAGUUUUCAAUCACCACAAGAUCCUUUACUACCGCGAAAAAUCAAAUCCCUGCAGAGGCUUAGUAAAAAAUUAGGUGGAAUUCUUUACAUGUCAAAGUAUCGGAGUACCUCUGUCCAUCUUUUAGGUGGUUGCAAUGCAUCAAAAGAUCCUUCAACUGGUGUUUGCAAUACUAACGGUCAAGUGUUUGAUUCAAAUGUUCACGACACUGUGCAUGCUGGUCUCUAUGUCUGUGAUGCCUCCUUAAUUCCUUGCUCUGUAGGCAUUAAUCCGUGUCUUACUAUAGCUGCAGCCUCUGAACAUGUAAGCAAGCAUCUUGUGCAAGAUGUUUUGAAGUACAAAAACCUAAAUAGCGAAAAAAAUAAAAAUACAACUCUUUAUCAAACCAUUGAUUCAGUGGGCUCUGAGACAACAGAUGGAAGCCAAAGUUCAUCUAUCCUAUUUACAGAAACCAUGAGUGGGCAUAUAGGGGGGAUGCCAAUCACUGCUCAUCUGAAAAUAAAAAUUAAUAAGGAAACUUCUAAAGAUGAACUUUCCCUUCUCAGAGGAAGCGUUGGUGGAUAUGUAGUAUGUACAGCAAUAGAGAAGGACAAAUUACAUGUUAUAGAUGGGAAAGUAGACAUGUGUCAAGUUAAUAUCAAAAGUCCUUAUACGCAAUGCAUGCACUAUCGUCUCCUCCUUGCAGCUUCAUCUGGUUCAAGAUACAUUUUGGAAGGAAGGAAAGUACUAAAUCCAUUUCUCCUUGGAUUAUAUGUAUUAAGAGAGUCCACAGAGCUGCAUGUAACACUCAAAAAAGUAAACAAGAAUAGGACUGAGGACCAAGAAUUACUAAAUUUGGAAGGACUGCUUCAUAUUUCAGUGUUUGAGAUCUUAAGGACUUUAGUCAGCAUGAGAGGGCACAGUAAAGUGAAGUUCAUAUCUCUUCUUUUACAAUCUUUCUUCAGAACUUACAUAUUACAGAUACCACGUGGGGUUCACAAGGGCUUCACCACUUCAGAAAUUUAUGAAAGAACUUAUCCAAGUAGCAGUUUGCUUGAAAUCAAAACAGAAGACGGAUUUAUGAUCAGUUGCAAGCAGUGGAAGUGCAGUCAAAAUCCAGUGGGAGCUGAGGGAAAGAUGAAAUUGCAUCCAGUUCUACUUAUUAAUGGAUAUGCCACUGAAAGCUACUGGUUACCAACUGAACCAAAUGACAUGGUUAGAACUCUGCUAGGACAAGGCUAUGAGACAUGGCUGCUUCAACCAAGAGUUCACCAUUCAAAUUCUUCAAACAGCUUCUCAAUUGAAGAUAUUGGAAGAUAUGACAUACCCGCAGUUUUCAAAAAGAUACAUGAGUUAAAUGCAAAUUCUGGAAAAGUUCAUGUGGUUGCUCACUGUGCUGGAGGCUUAGCUAUUCACAUUGCUAUCAUGGGAGGUCAUGUCUCGCCCUCUCAAAUAGCGUCUCUGUCCUGCACCAACGCGUCUAUGUUUUUCAAGCUCACGGCUUUAGCAUCCUUCAAAAUGUGGCUUCCUCUUCUACCGAUAACAAUGUUGAUACUCGGAAACAACAAGACAUUACCAAUGAUAGGAACACUGAAGACCAAUUUUUCUCAAAGGUUCCUCAGAUCCAUAGCCCGUCUCAUACCACGUUAUGAGAGAUGCACAUGUGACGAAUGUGAAGUAUUUUCAGGCAUAUUUGGAAACGCAUUCUGGCAUGACAACAUAACCCCUAGCAUGCACAAUUGGUUGAACAAGACAAGCCUGCCAGUACUUCCGAUGGCAGGUUUUCCUCACCUUAGGAAAAUUUGCAACAACGGUUUCAUAGUCGACAAUAAUGGACAAAACUCAUAUCUGAUUCAUCCCGAGAGAAUGGCAUUGCCUACACUAUAUAUAUCAGGUGGGAAACCAAUCCUGGUGACUCCUGAGACUACAUUUCUGGCUCACAAGUACAUGAAGUUGCACCAGCCUAACUAUAGACACGAGAGAGUGGUUGUGGAUGGUUUCGGGCACUCGGAUUUAUUUAUCGGAGAAGAUUCUUACAAGAAGGUUUUUCCACACAUUUUGUCUCACAUUGAGCUCACUGAAAAGGAACUAAUUUCAUCAGCACCGAGUAGCAAAGAACGGAGAUACCAUAGCAAACAAGCGGUGGAUUGGGGUAAUGAUCCAUAUGACAAAGCGAUAGGAGGAUUUGCUAGUUGGAUUUCUCCAUUGAUUUAUGUAAUGUUUUUGUUGUUGCUGAUUAUAUUUAUCAUUUGAUCUCCAGAGUCCCCUGUAAUGUAUCUGGAGUUUUGUUCAUUGUUAGAGAUUUUUUUAAGGCACAUGAUGUUAUUACUUGUUUGA